AUGUGCCGUCUCCUGGUGCCCCUCUGCGCCCUCAUCGUGCUCACGCUGGCCGUGCAGCCGUUCGGCGAGGAUGGAUAUGCUGGGGAAAUGGCCAAGCGUAAAUCGGCGUACAUGCGCUUCGGGCGCUCCGACCCGGAUAUGGUGCCGGUGGAGGACGAAGCUUUGGAUAUGGAGAAGAGGAAGAGCGCCUAUAUGAGAUUCGGACGAGAUGGAUGGGAGAAGCGCAAGUCCGCUUAUAUGCGCUUCGGCAAGAGGAAGUCUGCUUAUAUGCGCUUCGGAAAGCGUUCCCCGGUUGAGUCGAUGAUCGAGGAGGCGGAGCCGCCCGAUAUGGAG